CGACUUUUGUUUUGGUUUGUAAAUGGUGCUUUUUCUGUUAGUGGGGGAUUUUAUACAUUUUUAAUUAAUUUGAGGUAAAUAAUACACGCGGAUCCUCACAAGAAUGAGCGUUUUACGAGAAAAAGUAGACAGCAUAAACAACAAACGAUUACCUCAAUUAGAACCUAAAGUAAUAACACCAGAGGAUGUUCUGAAACUCGCGAAGAUCACCGAUACCUAUUUGUGCGACCCCGACGCGAAUAUAUUCGAUAUCGACUUUACGAGAUUCAAAUUAAGGGAUUUAGAAAGCGGCGCUAUUUUAUUCGAAAUCGCCAAACCGCUGCCCGAUAACAUCGAGGAUAAUGUCGAUAAGAACACGGAGAACGAGGAAAUCGUCGAUCCCAAUGCUGGUAGAUUCGUGAGGUACCAAUUUACCCCGCAGUUCUUGAAACUAGAAACCGUAGGGGCCACGGUUGAAUUCACGGUCGGUUGUAAACCUGUAAACAACUUUCGAAUGAUAGAGCGCCACUUUUUUAGAGAUAAAUUGUUGAAAACUUUCGAUUUUGAGUUCGGUUUUUGCAUACCGUACUCGAGGAAUACAUGCGAGCAUAUAUACGAGUUUCCUUCAUUACCUUCUGAUCUAAUCGAAGAGAUGAUUAACAAUCCAUUCGAUACCAGAUCGGAUUCGUUUUAUUUCGUCGAUAACUGUCUUAUAAUGCACAACAAAGCUGAUUAUGCUUACAACGGUGGUUUGUCCACAUAACAUUAAAUUUCCUAUACAGGGUUUCAGAACACAAUAAUUUUGAUGUUUGAGAAGAAUUUACACAUUUGAGCAAUUACAAUAAAGCUCUGAAGCGUUUGGGUUUACACUAUUUUCGAGCACAAACUCGGCUUUAAAGGCAUAUAUUCACAUCGUGUGCUUAUUUCAGAAGUCUUUAGAAUCUACAAUAAUUAUAUUAGAGAGCUUCAAUUGAUGGCUUAAUCAAUUGUUAAUUAAAUUUAGAUAUAAGCGAGUUUUAUCAGGGUUCAUGCUAUUGGAAGUCGUUGAAAUAAUUUAAUGCGCCCUGUUUUGAUUGGUUUUAAGCUUUUAGUUUCUGUGAUAAGUAUUUUUAAACGUGCCUUUUCACUUUUUUUUUCAUGUUUACAAAUUGGAUUGUAUGUACUAGAAAAGGAAACGAAUUUUAUGGAAAUUUUCUCUUCAGGUGUCUUUGUAAUAUUUUUGUAUGUUAUUUGCCUAAAAAACAUACAUUUUAAUCCGUUUGGUACAUAUUUUUUUGUAUAAAAUGAUUC